AUGCUUCCCACACAUACUCUCACCUCGUUCCUCAUCUGGGCCGGAAUCGCCUCACCCGCAAAACCUGUAACCUGCCCCUCCAGUUCAGAACUCAGAGUUACCAUACCACCGUCCCACCAGAGCCCAAGCAACACAGACUACGAGUCGUUAGCCGAAGUCCACGAUGCUCUCAUCCACUGCCCCAACAUCACAUCACUCAACCUGCGUAUCGGAGAGAUCGGUUGUGUAGGAGAACCCGACCGCUGGAGCCUUCCUCUCGAUCCUGCCGGAACAUCACGAUAUCUCCCCGUACUGGACACACUAUCCCUCGAAAAGUAUCAUUUUUACGACACUGAUGGGGAUUACCUACAUCCUUUGAGAGGAUGGACUUACCUCAGUGCUUGGAUCUGGUCGGGUGAUGCCUUUGGGUGGUUGAAAUGGAGACUACUCCCAGAUGACCAAAAGUCGGUGAGCAACACCGAACUAUGGCUCGACGCGAUGGACUUCUCCAAGAUCCGCAAUCUCUCCAUCUUGGACUACGACGGUCCCCCCGAGACACUCGUCGAGAGCGAAUUGCCUCUAUCUCUACCAAGCCUUCGCACGUUGAGGCUGGAACGAAACACAACCGUAGACUUUGGCCUCUCUCUACCUCCGCAUUCGCUGCACAGCCUUUCAUGGCUAGACGCCGGCCAAGACCAGUCCAUAAUCCCUAUACUGGAACGACAUGGACGCUCACUCACUCACCUGGAAUGGCGAACGCCAGAAAGCCUAGAGUCCAAAAGACCAGCACUUCCGAGUGAGGUCAUGCGAGACCUUCGCAACCUAGCACCCAAUUUGCAAUCUCUGACCAUCGACCUCAACCGCAACGGCACAUGGCCAUGGGAGGAUCUCCGCGCUCUCUCGUUAGGCCUCCCGGCUGGACUGACCAACCUCACGCUAUACCUCGAGAUCGCGAGCGAAUGCCGUCGUCAACAGGGCCCGUACGAUCCGGUCCGUUGCGAGGAUGCCUGCGGUCCGGUGGAGCAGCUCGCCAGCCCUCUGCUCACGGCGACGAGUGCCCUCCAAGUUGCGAGGUUCAUCCGACAUUACGCAAAGAGUCCGCUGGCCUCCAUCAACUUCUUCGCGGGCGAUUGGACGAGGCCGUGGGAUGGGCCGAUUAACGUGCCGACCUGGUUGGAUGGCAGGCGUUCUUGGGUUGCUUGCGGUACGAACGGCGGCGAGGAUGAGGGGCUCAGAUGCUCUGGGAUGGACACGGCAUUGGGCGAGCAUGAGAUUGAGCUCUUUCGGGCCCUGUGUGUACGAAUGUCGGCGGAUCUCUCGGAUGAUAUCACCGCUGGGCAUCCUCAAGACUUCGUGGAACAGCGCAAGAGUAAAUAA